AUGGUCACUACUCGGAAAAAGCAAAUGCCGCCCAAGCGUCCUCCCCCAGACAUAGAAGAGAAGGGAAAGGGGCCAGCUGUGUACCCCAAUGGCGAGUAUCUCUGUCAACAAGAGGAGUAUCAUGACAUAAUGGAACAUCAUUUCAUGAUGGGCAUGCUUACACGACCUCAUAUACGAUCCGCUCCGGAAAUAGUCCGCAAUGGCUUUAGUCUGCUCGCUCUACGCGUCCAGGGCUGGGCCAUGGCAUGGGGUGAAAGCAAGCCGAUGUACCGUCUCUCUGAUGAUGACAAACGGAUGAUCAUUGAAAGCCUGGAUGGGUUUUGCGUCCAAGAUGACUGGGACAGUAUAUAUUCCUCUCUUCCCCCUGGCGGUCGUGCUGAUUUUGGGGUUGUCUUGUUGGAAACCAUGAUGAAUAAGUUCAUUUAUGAUAAAUUUGCCGCCUCUACAUUCUGGUUCAUGGAUGCCAAAAUGGAUGCUGCUGAUCAGGAAGGAGACGACAACUUCUGCAAACGACUCGACUAUGUCUAUGAGAGGUUCAAAGAAACAUUGCCCAAAGACGCAGCCUGGUGGAAGUCGACCCUCGUGAGCGUAUGUAUGAUGAGAGCGUCAGAAUGGGUGUCCAAUCCUCCCCCCACACCACUCCUUCAUGCGACACUGGAACGCCGGAAGGCCCUCCUCAAGGCCUAUGGAGACGAACUGCUAGCGAGCCAGCCAUUCCAGCUCUUAUUCCGAGGCUCACUGAGCGAGAAAGAUCAGGCAAUACGCGAAGAAAGAACUCGCGAAGUCCUAGAGGAAGCUGCCCAUCAGUUCACCAGUCUCCAAGGCGAUAUGUUUGGCAAUCUUGUAGUUAAACUACUGCCUGAGCUUCCGAUUUCUGAUCGCCAUGCCAAUAACAUGGAUCAUCAUAUCCUUCACGUCGGCUUCAUGCCUCACCACGCGACCAAUGGUUGGCAAUCUCGGCCUCCUCUCCAGAUCGUUACUGCAAGGGUCCUGACGGCGCCUAAGGGGCCCAAAGCUCGGGCUCGAUGGGCUGCUGCGGGUUUCAAGCCCAUUUAUAUCGCGCAGGGUCACACCAAUACCGCAGAAAAGGAGGGAGUGAACCAAGAGGAAGCUGUUGAAGAGGGUAGUGAUGGUGAAUACAAGCCACGGAAGUUGCGGAGGACAUAUUUGCGAGGGGCUGAAGAUGAAUGA